AUGACGUCUCGGCGAGUGAUCAGUCGUGAAUCACGUCAAUGCAGCCAGAUUCGACCGUUCCUCUACGUUGGCGGAUUGGCCGCUCUGUCACCACGAACACUCUCUCGUUUUUGCACGACGAUCAAUCUGAUUCCGGGAUUUCGUAUUUCGGCUCCGAAUCAUAUGAAAGUGUUGCAUAUUCCACUGUUGGACGACGAAGCUACUGACUUGUCACCAUUCUUCACCACCGUCUUCAAGGAGAUCGACGAUGCUCGUAAGUCGGCCGGACGGGUGCUUCUACUGUGUGCAAUGGGUAUUUCUCGUUCAGCCACUUUUGCCAUAACCUAUUUGAUGUGCAUAGAAAAGAUGUCAUUACACGAUGCAUACAAGCAUGUGCAGUACUGCCGCAAUAUCAUUUGUCCAAAUGUCGGCUUCUUUCAACAGAUGAUCGAUCUCGAACAAAAGCUCUAUGGAACAAAAACAGUGCAGAUCAUCGAGCCGAUUCCCGGUGUAAAAGUGGCUGAUGUUGUUUGGAACGAAUUGUAUCAAGAGAUGAUGGAGACUCUGAGCGAAGCCGAUCGUCAUUCUGUACGAUCCUUCAAUCCUCGUCCUGAUACGGUGAGUUACGACAAAUGGGACUUUCUGCUGUUAGGUCGAUAUGUUCAGGCCCGACAGCAAGACACGAGGUCUCUUCGAUCGCUGAACCUUGUCGGUGAAGAGGCCGUAGAUGGAAUGAUCAGGUACUGGUUUCCAAGCUCUGCAUUUCGCCUCGUUCUUGAACCACUUGCCUAUUGCAGGGAACUGUCAACUUGCCGUCUUGCCGAAUCUCAAGCAGAUACUAAUGAAGGAGCUCUACAGGUGGAAGUGGCUCCACGAGUGCCUAGGCUAGUCACUACAACUCCAACCCCGUAUCCCAAGAGUGCCUUGCGAGACAAAAGCAAGAGCAGCAAGAACAAACGAUGGCGGUUAAGUUUCAGUAAGGAUGUCACCUAA